GGGGGGCGGGGCGAGCCCGGCAGGGAAGGCGGCAGGAAGCAGCCGGGCCGCGCUGCUGCUGACCCGGCCCCACCACAUGGUGCCCGCCGGCUGCUCCCGCAGGCUGGUUUCUAUUCUCAAUCGGGCCCUAGAAGACUGUGCUGAGCAAAGGAGGAAGCUAGGCUACAGCUUAAAUCAAUGUCAAGCUCUUCUUGGAGAUUGUGCCUUUCAGGAACACAGAGCAGACCUGGAAGCAGAUUUCUACUGAAGAUUCAUGCUCCUGAAAGUCCAAAGUUGGAGGCCAGCACAAAGAGUGAAGGUGAGAAUGAGCCUUCACCCAAGGAACUUGAGGAACUGGAGCUGCUCACUAGAGCAUUGGAGAAAGUUUUAAGAGUCCGGAAAAGUGUCCUGCAAACUCCAUUGCGGACUGUGGGAGCUGCAGAAGGAGAGAAGACUUCAGAUAAAAAGCCUGCUGCUAAAGCAUCUAUAACAGAGCAGGUACCUGUGUCUAAGGAAAGCAUUCCUAAGACCAUCAAAGUGACAUCUUUGAGCAAGCCUGUCACUUCCAAAAAGCCAUCAGCAUAUGUGCUGAAAGCUCCCUACCGGACUGACCUGGAUGUGAAAAGAAGCCACAGGAAAGCACCAGCCCAGCAGAGCUCCAGGAUCCCAAGGGCAGCUGUGAAGGGCUCCACUAAAGGAACUUCCUCCCAGCAAGCAAAGACGAAUGUACCAGUCAUGGGUCGGAAAGUGAUCUAUGCUGCUGCAGGAUCCCAGCAGGCAUGUGGUUCACCCAGAUCUCCCCUGUGCAAAGAGCAAAGCUUUGCCUUUGGGGACUCAACCAGCCAUGAGAAUUCAGGAGCAGCCAACUUCCAUUUAGUCAAUCCAGAGAAGAAUUGUCCUGGUUCCUUGGCAGAGUCACUAGUGACACAGAAUCCCAUGGCAGGAGAUAUCCCAGAGAGGAGUCCCACGCCCCAGACAUGUACCCUCUGGGAAAAGGGGUCCUUGCUGAAGCUGCCUCCUCUGUAUAGGAAAACCUAUUCCAGGAAUUCCAGGCUGUGGGAGACAUGUUGUCUCUGUCAAACGAGUGCAACUGCAGCUGCCACAAGGAACCAUUUUGUAGAGAGAAUACAGACAACUUUUUGUCCAUCUACUCCAACCAUAAGUCCUGCAGAGAUAGAAGAGGAAGUAAAUGCCCUACAUGAUGCCUACACCCUUCUGAGUCACCAUUUCAAAGCUGAAAACACAGGCCAUACAACAUGGCAGAGUGAGUAUGAAUGUCUUCUAACUUUGGAAGGUCUGCAAACCACAGUAUCCCAGUGUCUGAACAAGUUGCAGCAGUUGCGAAGGGCUGCAGAGUCACAGGAGAGGCUACAAGCAUGCUGCACUGGGGGUGCAGGAUGCCCCUCUGCAGAUUGUACUCCAUUCAGAGGACGGAGAUGUGGAAACAUGAGUGUCUUGGCAGUGCCUCUUCUUUACUACUCCAGUCUCCAGGAGCUGAGGGACAUAACAGCUUUGAAACUGCAGGUGGCAAUGCUUUGGCAGAAAAUCAACGUACAGAAGGUCAUGAUAACCGAGCUUCUUCCAGUCCUGGAAUACAGGAUCCAUCACAAGGAUUCUGUCUCUCAUCUCUACCGUGCUGUUUACACUCUACUCUGUGAAGAUGGCGAACGAUUUCCUGUGCUGGUGAACGAUGAGCUGUCAGACUGACCCAUCAUUUUGGCUGCUCUUCUGCCAGCCAUUUCCACACCCAGGGAGAGCACUAAUUAGUAAACUUCCACCAAUAAUUUUUUCUCUGCCCGUUUAUCAAGCAAAGGAGAGAGAAAAUUAAAUUUCAUGCCUGGUUUCUGAUGCCCUUUCUAACUUUUUGUUUUUUUUAAUUGUUUUCACAAGCUACACACUCAGAUAUUCUUGAAAGGCUUUUAAGUACUGCUGUCUGGGAUGAAACCUCUUCAACACUUUUCCAUGAGUACUGGAACACUUUUUCAGGAUUACCCCCUACUGUGACCUUGUCUGAGCCAUCAAGUUAACCAGGGUUGAGCUACACCAGUACUUGACUCAGAUGUACAUAGAAAACCCAGAUGCUGCAGGAUGUAGUUCUGAUGAACCAGGAGAUGGUGCUCUUUCCUCUUACUUAGUACUGAGCCAGUACUCUGUGGUGCUCAAAGUCUUGUCUUUCACAGGAGACGAACCCAAGUUCUGUCUAGUUCAUAGCAAUAAAGAUGCUAUGGCACUUUUCCUGAGAAUAGCAGUUUGGAUCCUACUGUUGCAUCCAAAUUCCAGUUGAAAUUGUUUAUAUAUUCACAAUUAAAUGUGCUGUUCCUCACA